UAGUUGUUUUUGUUGCUUGAGCUUCUAUUUUACGUUAUAUCAUUGAAUUAAAUAACAGGAAUGUUAACCAGAGCAAGAGCAUUCUCAACCGAAGUGCUGAAGGUUGUCAAUAAUGUUGCUAAGCAACAGUUUGAAGUGUCAAUAAAAAACCUAGCGGUUGUGGAGUAUAAAAAUAUAGGCAAGGAUAUAACACUUCUUCACACUAGGGUGCCCAAUGAAUUUCAAGGGAAAGGUGUUGGGAAAAUACUAGCUAAGCAUGCAUUUGAUCAUGCAUUGGAUAAUAAAUUGAAUGUGACUUGCAAAUGUCACUUUUUAGCAAAAUAUUAUAAUGAUAAUAUAAAUAAAUACAAAACUCUAAAAGUUAAACUAGAAUUAGACUAAUGCAACAAUGGAAAUGACAUGGAUUAGGUGUAAAAUACAUUAUUAUUUAUGGGAAAAGUAUUAUGGAAAUGCAAAAAAAGUUAUACGACAAGCCAUAUCACAGCUUAAUGAUACAUCAGAGUACUCAUUUUAUAAUGGUAUAGCAAGUGUAUUGGAAGGCCAAGCUCAAAAAGGAAUCAAUGAAUUGGUGCCGCUGCAGUCAGAAAAAGAUUUGCAACUAGCAGUUACAGUAGCGCUUAUUUAUGCACAUAGACAUGUUAAUUUGGCUGAAAGAGAAGCGAUACAUAAUUUAGAAUCAAAGUUGAAAGAAGAAAAGAAACAGGCCAGUGCCAUAUCAUUUUAUUAUGCAGGAUUAUUCCUUUCUCUAGCAGACAUGUUUGAGAAAGCAUCUGAGUACAUAAACAAAGCAUUGCGCAAAGACCCAAAUUAUUUAGAUGCUAUUAUUUUGAAAGGUUGGAAUGAUAUGUAUAUGAACAUUGGAGAAAUGCAUAUAUCUAUCUUGGAUUGCUUGGAAGUAGCUCUUAAGAAAAAUGACAAGAAUAUAGAUGCAUUACUUGGUUUUGCAAAGUUUAAAUACUUUGCAAAAGAUUAUGAUGCCUCCAAUUUAACAUUAGAUAGACUGAUUGUAAGCAGCCCUGGACAAGUUGUGCCAUUAGUGGAGAAAAUGAAAAACGAAUUUGCAAUGCAAAAAUGGGAUGCAGUCUAUGAUACAAUUGAAAGAAUAUUUGCGAUUGAUCCUAAUAAUAUUACAGGUUUAAAGAUAAGAAUAUAUCUUGAUCUUUGUAAGAGUUCUGACUACAUUGAAGCAGCUGAUCAACUUAAUAGAUUUUACACUGUAUUGGAAAAUGAAGAAAUGCAUAAUGGCUACCAGUUCCACAACACUACACAGAUGUUUUCUAGAAUAUGUGGGAGAUCUAGUGCAGUACUUUCACAAGUGUAUCGAUUUGCACAAUAUGCUUCAGAAAUGUACCCUAAUAAUGUUGACUAUUUGAGUGAAGUUGGGUAUCAAUGUAUACUGCAAGGGAAAUAUAAAGAUGCCAUGAGUUUCUUCAAAGCUGGUAGUAAGUUGGAUAGUAAUUCAAUAACUGCUUUGUGUGGACUAACUUUAUGCCAAAUGCUUGAAAAUGGGCCUACAGAACAAAUAGCUCAGCAAGUAGAAUUAUUAUUUGAGAUGCAAGGCUCUAAAAAAUUACCACUUUUGUAUUUUUUAUCAGCACAAUUGAAUGUGAAGAGUUCCUCUAAUGCAAUAUCAUAUUUGAACACAGCAUUUGAAACAAAAAUAGCAUAUGCUAAACAAUACCCUUUCAGCCUAAGUUAUAUCAAGGAACUUGAUCCAGAUUUUCUACUAGAAGUCUAUAAAGAGUACAAAAAGCAUUUACCUAAAAAACCAUUUGUCAUUGUCGGCUACCUUUUAUAUUCUCAGGAAGGAAACACAACUCAUGUAUCUUACUGUUUCAAGAUUUUGGACGCAAUAUGUAAUGCAUGUCCAGGGUUGAUACCAGCUCUUUAUGAACUGGCAAAGUUGAAAUUCCUAUUUGGAUAUGCAAUUGAAGCACAGAAGAUAGCCCAGAAAAUCAAUGAACUUGAUAGCACACAUGCUGGGAGUCAAGUUUUGUUAGCACAAAUUUUCAUCCAGCAAGAAUCUUUUACAAAAGCUGCACAAAGCUUAGAAAUGUGUUUGAGCUACAAUUUCAAAGUUAGAGACAGUGCUAUGUACCAUUUUCUAAAUGGUAUUAUUUUGAAAAGUGCUAAUCAACCUGAAGAGGCCUUGUCUAGUUUUUUAACUGGUCUUCAAAUAGCCACCAGCAAGAGUAAUCUUGGUAAUACAAAUAGGGCUUUUGAAUCCGAUUUGAAUAUAAUUGACAAAGCUACAUUGUACUUGCAAAUUAUUGAAAUACAAACAGAUUUGGGACAGUUUGGUGAAGCAGGGAAAACUAUGCAGGAAGCCAUUCAAGAAUUUUCCUACACAACUGAGGAGGCUCGUCUCCUCAUAGCGCGAGCAGAUCUCGCUUUAAAGAAAGGCGACAUUGACAAUGCCAUAGACAUUUUGAACGAAAUAAAACCUGGUCAGCCAUACUAUUUCCAGGCCCAUAGCAAGAUGGCACACAUCUACUUAAAAGAGAAGAAAGAUCGUGCCAUGUUUACUUCGUGUUUUAAAGAUAUAGUGAGCAACCAUCCAAUGGCUGAUGCUCAUACUAUGAUGGGUGACGCUUAUUUGUCUAUUCACGAACCAGUGCAAGCCGCUGAAUCAUACGAAGCAGCUCUUAGAGGAAAUCCCAAUGACAUACAACUGAUUAAGAAACUUGGCACGGCUCUAGUUAAAAUGCAUGAAUAUGAUAAAGCCAUACAACAUUAUGAAAACUCUAUUAGAACGCUAAAUGACGAUGAACUGAAGUUUGAGUAUUUGGAGCUUCUUAUUAAGCUAAAAUAUUACGACAAAGUAGACUCGACAAUAUCAUCAGACUUAAAUCAGAUGUAUAACAAAGAGAAGGACAUAACCACGUUAAAAAGAAGAGUGCGUCUCCUUCUAUUACAAACGAAGAGCAGAGAACUCAAGAACCCAACAGGUGGAAAUGUGAACCUCAUAUUAGCGGAAGCUAAAGAGUUGCAGAAUGCGAUAGUGAAGAGAGUGGAGAUUGAUUCGAGAGGAGAUGUACAAGAAGAGAAACGGCAGUUGUCGAACAUUCUAUGUGCUCUUGCGAGGUUCAAGUCCACGAGAGAGCCAGCGGUGGCUGUCAGUCUGUACUCAGAAGCGUUAAUACACACGCCGCGAGAGCCUAGUACCUUGUUAGCUUUGGCUAAAUUGUAUGCUCAGAUGAACAACCCUGAAAAAUGUGAGCAAACUUGUUCGAUUUUAUUGAAUGCCGAUCCAAACAACGAGUCGGCGGCGGUCAUGAUGGCUGACCUCGCUUUUCGAAAGGUUGAUUUAGAAACUGCACAGCGGCAUUUGACGCAAAUCCUCUCCGUGAAGCCGACGAGCUGGGAGGCGCUCGCGCAGCUCAUCGAGGUGCAGUGGCGCCGCGGCAAGCUCGCCGACGCCGAGCAGGCCUUGGACGCGGCCAAGCAGAGCUUAGGAGAUCGGGAUGAUCCGGGGUACUCGUACUGCCUGGGCGUGUGGUCGACGUACAGCGGCGCGUGGAACGCGGCACUGCGGCAGUUGAACCUGUCGCGUGCGCGUGCGCAGUGGGCGCGGCUCGCCGCCCGCCGCAUGGCGCUGCUGUGCCUCGCGCACCCGCCGUCCGCGGACACGCCCGCCGCCACCGCCGCCACCGCCGCCAGCGCCGCCACCGCCGCCGAUGACGUAGACACGAAACAACUAGCACUGAGGACAGCAGAGAAACUCCUCGUGGAAGUGGCUCCGGCAGACAAAAAAGCUCUUCAAGCACUUUUGCUACUAGCGAACAAACAGAAGCCGCAAGCAGAACGAGUACUGCAAGACCUACUUCCCUUGGCUACUGAGGAUGGGUAUCAAGAUGACCCGUACAUCAUUCUAGCAAUUGCUAUGGCCUAUAAUAUUAUCAAACAACCAACACGGGCUAAAAAUAUAUUAAAGAGGACAAUAUCCGGUAUACCAUGGACUCCAGAAAAGGCAGAAGGGUUGGAGAGGUGCUGGUUGGAAGUAGCUGAUAAUCAAAUUAGUUCGGGCAGAAUAGAUGCAGCAAAAGAAUUGUUAACUAAGAUUUUGAACCAUAACAACUCUUGCGCAAUGGCGUAUCAAUACUUGGGUUCCCUAGCAGAAAAGGAGCAAAACUACAAAAGCGCCGCGCAUAAUUACGAUAACGCAUGGACUCAUGGCGGAAAGAGUGAUCUUGCUGUGGGAUAUAAACUAGCUCACGCUUAUCUUAAACUGAAGAAAUAUCCAGAAUGCAUCGUCGUCUGCAGACAUAUACUAAAAGCCCAUCCAGAUUACCCGAAGCUAAAGAAAGAGAUACUUGAGAAGGCUAAGACUAACUUGAGGACGUAAAUCGUAGAACAAAGUUCACAUUUAAAUAUUCUAACGCACAAAAUAAUUUAGGUUCCUUUAAGCUUUUUGUUUGACCAUAAACACGGAGGAUAGACUGUGAGUGCCAUAGCUGUGAAGUAAUUAUCGGCAAGAAAUGAGAGAGAUAGAGCAACUAUGCGGUCAGUAGUUGUCUAGAAUUCUGAUUGGACGGGCGACAAAAUUAAUGCAAAACACAUACGCCGUUGUUACUAUAGACAUGCAUAAAAGAUGUAUGGUCUCACAUUAGUUUUAUGUUUUUCUAAAUAGUGGUCAAAUUUAACCAUAUUGCUUAAUCGCUAGGCAUAUGGCGGAUUCGUCACAGAUUUCGUAUAUGGUAAUUCUUUAUUAAAAUAAUUCUUGGAAUAUAUUCGAUUGGCUAUACCGUUGUAUAAAUGCAUGCAGUUAUUGGUCAUUCGUAAACUUAUAACGUUAAGUUAAAAUAUAUAUUUCUCAUUGUAUUUAUUUGACUUAUUCGUGCACUGGAUGU